UUCAAAACUGAAAAAGUAGGUUUCUUGUUGAUCGCUUCUUUCGGCCACCGCUACUUCAAAAGAUUUUCUUCUCCGUUUGAGCAUUUCAAGAUCUCAACAAAAAUGCCUCCUGCGGCUCCCCGAUCCGGUGAAGCGAUCUUCUCCAGCGUCGAACGCGUAAACGCGGAACUAUUCACUUUGACUUAUGGAGCAAUUGUGCGUCAAUUGCUUACUGAUCUGGAGGAGGUCGAAGAGGUCAACAAACAGCUGGAUCAAAUGGGAUACAACAUAGGAAUUAGACUAAUCGACGAGUUUCUGGCAAAAUCCAACGUGUCGAGAUGCGCGGAUUUCAAGGAGACGGCGGAGAUGAUCGCGAAGAUUGGUUUCAAAAUGUUCCUUGGGGUGAGCGCAUCUGUGGUGAACUGGGAUGCGGAUGGGAGCUGUUGCAGCAUUGUUUUGGAGGAUAAUCCGCUCGUGGACUUUGUAGAGCUUCCGGAUACUUGCCAAGGCCUCUUCUACUGCAACAUUUUGAGCGGAGUCAUAAGAGGAGCACUGGAGAUGGUGGCGAUGAAGACGGAAGUCACCUGGAUCCGUGAUAUGCUUAGAGGAGACGAUGCAUAUGAAUUGCAGGUCAAACUUUUGAAACAAAUUCCAGAAGAGUACCCAUACAAGGACGAUGAGUAACAUUAUUGGUUUUUACUACCAUUUUCAUUUAGGGCUCAUGUUAUAUUAUCCAGUUUCCUUAAUGUUGGGUGGAUUGUAUUUGGAUCAUUUUGGUUAAAAUGGAUUUCAAUUCAGUUA